GCAGAGCAGUCGAGAGCACGCGCUGGACCUGCUCGGCCUGGGGGCGAGGAUGUCGGCGCGCUUCCACGGCCGUUCGGGCUCGAGGCAGCGCUGGCUCUGUCCAAGAUCACGGUCCAUUAAGUUCUACGUAGUCCAUCUGUCAGUAACGAAUUCUUCUUCUUCGUCCACGAUGGCGGCGCUCCAGUGCAUCGUCAUUGUCGCUUCUUGGGUCGCCAGCCGCGCCGUGGUGCCCUCUACGACAGGCGCCGUGCACGGUGUGGCCGACGACCCCUCUGGGCUUCUCACCGUGCCGCUGAGGAAGCAGUACGUGCCCAUAGAAAAGAACGGCGCUGUCAUAGCGUACAAGACGUCGUACUUCGGCAACAUCUUAGUUGGCAUGCCAGAGCCUCAGGAAUUCACCGUGGUGUUCGACACUGGCUCCGCGCACCUCGUGCUUCCCUGCACCGGCUGCGAGAGCGAGACCUGCGCCAAGCACAGGCUGUACAACCGCUCCUUGUCGGGGACGAGCGUGGACAUCGAGCACGAUGGCAAGCUGGUCCCCGCAGGCACGGACAAGAGCCAGCGCGAACAGCUGGCGAUCACCUUCGGGACGGGCAAGGUCGUCGGCGAGUUCGCGGAGGACAGGGUGUGCCUGGGGCCGCGGGCGGAGGACUGCAGCACCAUGCGGGUGGUGCUCGCGAACGAGAUGUCGGCGGAGCCGUUUGGACUGUUCGCUUUCGACGGCGUGCUCGGACUCGGCCUCGACGCGCUGGCGCUGAAUCCCGAAUUCAGCUUCUUCGGGAGAAUGACGGGCCAGCAGCCGGCCAUGCUGCCGCAGUUCUCGGUCUUCCUCGCGCGGAACGACGAAAGCCUCAGCACCAUCUCGUUUGGCGGUCACCAGCCAGAGCGAGCAGCCUCGGAGUUGCGCUGGGCGCCCGUGGCCAUGCCAGAGUUGGGCUAUUGGCAGGUGGAGAUCAAGUCAGUGAGGAUCGGGGGCGAGGUCAUCGAGGACUGCGAGGCGGGCAAGUGCCGCGCGAUCUUGGACACCGGCACCUCGCUGCUGGGAGUGCCACGCCAAGUCUCCCGGCCGAUGCAGCGCCUGCUCGCCCGCACGCCGCCGCAAGACGCCAACGUGGAGGACAUGGACUGCCGCGACGUGCAGGGGAGCGAGAUCGAGUUCGACCUCGGCGAGCAGGUCGUCAGGGUCGGGGCGGAGGACUACUCGCGCCCGAGGCCCUUCAACAUCACCGCGGACACGCCUGAGGGCUGGCAGCUGUCGUGCCGUUCGCUGCUGCUGCCCCUGGACAUCGAGGCCCCGCUGGGCCCCCUGGUCUUCAUCUGGGGCGAGCCCGUGCUCCGGAAGUACAUGACCAUCUACGACUGGGGCGCCAAGCAGAUCGGCUUCGCGGACGCGGGCCUGCCGGCUGGCCCGGCGGAGCUCGACGCCGUCGGGCGGCCGCCCGCCGGAUCCCUGGCGGCCGGGGCGCCGCUGCUGUCCAGGCCGGCGUCGCAGCCAGUGGUCGUGGAGGCACAGCGCGAGGGGUCCGUGUUCGUGGCGUGAACCCAGGCCGUUCCGGUGCUCGCAGGGCGUUUUUGCCGCAAGUGCCUUCGGAUCGCCCAGGGUGCGCAAGAGGCGACGCGCUGCGUGAGGGGCAGAGGUGCGGGCUUCUUCACGGGGCCACAGUCGAGCGGCCAUGUUCUCGGGAGCGAGGCGGCGUCCCUCCCUGCGAGGUGCAGCGGGGAGGGGAUGAGCGAUCCCUGGAGGGGGCCGCCGACGCCACCUUUCUUCCUCCGCCGGCCGGGCUUAUGUGAUCAGGCUGGGUCGUCAGGAAAGUGGCUUCUCCUCUUCCUCCUCCGCCUGCUGCUGCUCCUCUUCCUGCUCCUGCUCCGCGUCCUCCUCCUUCUUCUUGGGCCCACACGGGUUUCCGCCCCACGCGUCACGUGCCAGGUGAUCGAGACUUGAGCUCGGUGGGAGCAGAGGCCAUAGGGCGCGCCCUGGGUGGAAAUCAAAUUGGCACGACUCGCUCGGGC